AUGGCAGCUGAAUUUCUAGAGGAGUUAGCUCAAGUUACAAUUCAUCAAGAUAGACCAGAUGUAUGGGUUUGGAAGGCCGACUCGAGUGGAAAUUACUCCACAAAAUCUGCAUACAGGUUAUUGAUGGAAGCAACAGGGGAGUUUCCUGUAGAUAGGACCUAUGUGGACUUAUGGAAUCUCAAGAUCCCAAGCAAAGCAAUAGUGUUCGCAUGGAGGCUUAUUAAAGAUCGUUUGCCAACCUGGACAAACCUAAGGGUCAGACAAGUGGAGCUAAACGACUCAAGAUGCCCUUUAUGUAAUAGCUCGGAGGAAGAUGCAGCACAUCUAUUUUUCCACUGCACAAAAACAGAACCUCUAUGGUGGGAAACUCAGUCAUGGGUAAACUCUUUGGGUGCAUUCCCACAUAAUCCCAAAGAUCACUUUCUGCAACAUGACAACAGGUCUGCUGGUGGAGUAAAAGCUAGAAGAUGGAAGUGCUUGUGGGUAGCACUCACAUGGGUCAUCUGGAAGCAUCGAAAUGGGGUAGUAUUUCAUAACCACUCUUUUGAUGGAAGCAAGGUCAUGGAGGACGCCAUAUUGCUAACUUGGUCAUGGCUUAAGGUUAUGGAGAAGGGAUUCACAGGGCCAUUUAGUUUCUGGUCCUCACACCUCAAAGCAGCUUUCUAA